GCCAUGGGUGUGAGCGCUCAGCUUCACGUGCAGUUCCUCGGAUGACAGCGCGGCCGGAACCACGCGCGCCUGCGCAGGCACAGUCGGCGCCCAAGCCUUGGACUGCAGUUCCCAGAAACCCACUGGAGGAAAACGCCUGGACACCGAGAGCUCUUUCCUCUGCGCUCGUCGGGUUGGGCGGUAGUCGCCUCUCGGGGAGAAGUCGGCGCCCGCCGUGUCUUCUAUGGACUCUUCUUCUCCGGUUGAAGAAACACCUGGAGGAUUGACAGUUUCUUGCAGUUCUAAAAUCAUGGCCCAUGUGUCCCUGUCAUUCAGGGAUGUGGCCAUAGACUUUUCUCAAGAAGAGUGGGAGUGUCUAGGCCCAAUUCAGAGGGAUUUGUACAGGGAUGUGAUGUUGGAGAACUACAGCAACUUUGUCUCACUGGGAAUUCAAGGAUGGUUCAGUAUAUGCAAAUCCAUAAGUAUAAUACAGUGUAUAAAUAGACUAAAUAUAAAGAACAAAGAAAACAUAUUGAAAACUGCAAGAGAGAAUCACCAAGUCAUAUAUAAAGGAUGCACCAUUCCUAAGCCAGAUGUGAUUAUUUUAUUGGAACAAGAAAAGGAGCCCUGGAUUGAAAUGAGAGAAGACAGAAAGAAGUGGUACACAGAUUUGGAAUAUAAGCAUGUUACCAAGACAUUAUUUCCAGAAAAGGAUGUUGGUGAAAUGUAUUUAUCUUAUUUGCAGCCAGUAGAAAAAAGAAAAGCAUCUACCAGUGAGGACAUUUUCAGAAAUGGUUUGCAGAAUGAACAUGAAUUUGAGAGACAAGAGGGACAUCAGAUGGAAUCCUUUAAUCAAAUGAUAAUCCAAGACCAAGUAUCUCUUCCUCUACAUCAGGAAAUUCAUAUUAAAGAAAAAUUAUAUAAAUGUAAAGAAUGUCAAAGGGCUUUUAAACAACAGUCAUACCUUAUUCAACAUCUGAGAAUUCAUACUGGUGAGAGACCUUAUAAAUGUACGGAAUGUGGAAAGGCCUUUUGUCGAGUGGGAGACCUUAGAGUACAUCAGACAAUCCAUGCUGGACAGCGGCCCUAUGAAUGUAAAGACUGUGGGAAAGCCUUUAGACUUCACUAUCACCUUACUGAACAUCAGAAAAUACAUUCUGGUGUGAAACCCUAUGAGUGUAAGGAAUGUGGGAAGGUCUUUAGUCGUUUUAGAGACCUUAGAGUGCACCAAACGAUCCAUGCUGGGGAAAGACCCUACGAAUGUAAAGAAUGUGGGAAGACCUUUAGACUUACUUACCAACUUACUGAACAUCGAAGAAUUCAUACUGGUGAGAGACCUUAUGAAUGUAAGAUUUGUGGAAAGACCUUUAGGGUGCAACGACAUAUUAGUCAACACCAAAAAAUUCAUACAGGCAUAAAACCAUAUAAAUGUACUGAAUGUGGCAAGGCCUUUAGUCAUAGUUCAUACCUUGUUCAACAUCAUAAAAUUCAUACUGGUGAGAAACCCUAUAAAUGUAAAGAAUGUGGUAAGUCAUUUAGUUUUCAUGCAGAACGCACUCGACAUCAUAGAAUUCAUACUGGUGAGAAACCGUAUGAAUGUAAAGAAUGUGGAAAAGCCUUUCGUCUUCAAACAGAACUUACUAGGCAUCAUAGAACUCAUACUGGUGAGAAGCCUUAUAAAUGUAAAGAAUGUGGGAAGGCUUUUAUUUGUGGCUAUCAACUUACUUUACACCUGAGAACUCAUACUGGCGAAGUUCCCCAUGAAUGUAAGGAAUGUGGAAAAACUUUCAAUAAUCGCUAUCAUCUUACGCAACACUACAGAAUUCAUACUGGAGAGAAACCCUAUGUAUGUAAUGAGUGUGGGAAAGCCUUUCGUCUUCAAGCAGAACUUACCCGUCAUCUCAGAAUUCAUACUUGUGAGAAACCCUAUAAAUGUAAGGAAUGUGGAAAGGCUUUUAUUCAUAGCAAUCAACUUAUUUCACACCAGCGAAUUCACAAUAAUGAGAAAAGCUAUGAAUGUGACAAAUGUGGCAAGAUUUUUAGUCGUCAUUAUAAUCUUACUCAACAUUAUAAAAUCCAUACUGAUGAAAAACCCUAUGAAUGUAAAGAAUGUGGGAAGACCUUUUGCUUUCAAACAGAACUUUUUCAACAUCAUAGAAUUCAUACUGGUGAAAAACCUUACAAGUGUAAGGAAUGUGGGAAAGCCUUCAUUCGCAGCAGCCAUCUUACUCAACAUCACAGAAUUCAUACAGCCUGGAAAACUGUAUGGACAUUGUACACACUCCCAACCUACAUUCCUUCAACAAAAUGGGGGAAUCUUACUAGGCUUCAUGAACUUAAGGAAAUCCUAUCCUUAAUCAAUUAGCUAUGCUGAUUGGAGGAGUGACAGCUGGGAAGUCAAAAUUCUUGGGAUAGCAAACUGGAGUAAUGGUUUAAGAACCUUACUGUUCUUGCAGACUGGGUGUGGUGGCGCACCUUUCGUCCCAGCACUUGGAAGCAGAGGCAGGUAAAUCUCUGAGUUCAAGGCCAGCUGAACUGGAACUCUGUCUCAAAAAGACCCAAAAUUUAAAAAGAACCUUACUGUCCUUCCAAAGGACCCAGGUUCAGUCCCCAGCACACAACUGUCUGUAACUCCAGUUCCAGGGGAUCUGAUGCCCUGAUGCUCUAUUCUGACUUACAUGGGUGCCAGAAAUGCAUGUUGUAUAAAUACAUACAUGAAAAUCAAACAUUCAGAAUUAAAAAAAAAAUCUUAAGAAGCCAGAUGAAUGUGCUAGAGUUGAAAAGUAAAAUGAAAUGAAAGACUCAGCAUAUGUGAUCUGGAAAAAGAAUUUGUGAACUUGAAAACAGACUUAUAACAAGGAAUGGGAGAAUUAAAAGGAAGGAAGAAGGAAAAAAAUGAGCAGAGCUUCAGUGAGUUACAAGACAUCAUCAAGUAUGUGCUACUUGGUAGUAAAGCACCUGCUUUGCAUGUGUGAGGGUGUGAUUCCAUCCACAGCACCAAAAUUAUUACUCAGUAGUAAUGACCAAAUCUUCCCAGACCUUAUUAAACACAGGGAGGCCAUCAUGUGCCUAUAUACCCACAUGUGCAGCUAUACACACACUUUAAAAGAAGAGAAUUUUUGGCUUCCUAUCAGAAACAGCAGACCAGAAAAUAGAGGGGUGAUAUUAAAAGUAUUGAAGAGAAAAAAAAAAAAAAA